GACCAUUUCUGGGCAACGGCAGCUAUUUUCACGUGAGCUCAAUUAAUGUCUCGGGGAGAUUCCUGGGAGCGUGGGCAGUUCACCCUGCGAUCCAGCCGCGGGUCACGGCUCGAGCCGGCGUCUCCAAAAGCUAACGUGUGUGGUUCGAGGCGAGCGCGGGGCUUUCAGCGCAGACUGUCGGGUGUUUGCAGGCCGGGGCGAGCCCUUGUGAAAGCAGAUAAAAGAAAACAUUUAUUAACGUGUCAUUACGAGGGGAGCGCCCGGCCGGGACUGUCGCACGUCCCGAGGAACGCUUGGCUCCUUCCAGCUCAGAGGGAGGAGAAAAAGAAAGCGGAAAAGAGGCAAGGAUUCUUUCUCUUCGCUUCCAGCCAAGUGGACCUGAUCGAUGGCCCUCCUGACUUUAUUGCAAUAUUUGAGUUAUUAGAGAUGCCCUCCUCGUGUGUGUGUGUGUCAACACACACACACCCCCUCGCACGCACGGCUCCGGCCCGCGUCCCUCCCUCAUUUCCAGCUCCUGGGCGAAUCCCACAGCUGUUUCAACUCUCCGCCGAGGGCGAGCUGGAGCGAGUGUGUGUCGGAUCCGUGAGUAGAGAGGGAGGAGAGAAAAGAAACAAAUCCACAAAACACAACUCCAGACUCCUGCAUCCUGCCAGAAGCAAGGGAUCAGCGGAAACGUAAAAUGGCACCCCCCGGUGUCCUGCUUUGCUUGCUCUCUGCCACUGUCUUCUCUCUCCUGGAUGGAAGUGUGGCGUUCCUGUCCCACCACCGCCUGAAAGGCAGGUUUCAGAGGGACCGCAGAAACAUCCGUCCCAACAUCAUCCUGGUGCUGACGGACGACCAGGAUGUGGAGCUCGGUUCCAUGCAGGUGAUGAACAAGACGCGGCGCAUCAUGGAGCAGGGCGGGGCGCACUUCGUCAAUGCCUUCGUGACCACGCCCAUGUGCUGCCCCUCGCGCUCCUCCAUCCUCACCGGGAAGUACGUCCACAACCACAACACCUACACCAACAAUGAGAAUUGCUCCUCGCCCUCCUGGCAGGCACAGCACGAGAGCCGCACCUUUGCCGUGUACCUCAACAGCACGGGCUACCGGACAGCUUUCUUUGGGAAGUACCUUAAUGAAUACAACGGCUCCUACGUACCGCCUGGCUGGAAGGAGUGGGUCGGCCUCCUUAAAAACUCCCGCUUUUAUAACUACACACUGUGUCGGAACGGAGUGAAGGAGAAGCACGGCUUUGACUACUCCAAGGACUACCUGACAGACCUGAUCACCAACGACAGCGUGAGCUUCUUCCGUACAUCCAAGAAGAUGUACCCGCACAGGCCCGUUCUCAUGGUCAUCAGCCACGCAGCCCCUCACGGCCCCGAGGACUCGGCCCCCCAGUACUCAAGCCUCUUCCCCAACGCGUCUCAGCACAUCACCCCGAGCUACAACUAUGCACCCAACCCCGACAAGCACUGGAUCAUGCGCUACACGGGGCCCAUGAAGCCCGUCCACAUGCAGUUCACCAACAUGCUGCAGCGGAAGCGCCUGCAGACCCUCCUGUCCGUGGAUGACUCCAUGGAGACGAUUUACAACAUGCUGGUGGAGACGGGUGAGCUGGACAACACGUAUAUCGUGUACACCGCCGACCACGGCUACCACAUCGGCCAGUUCGGCCUGGUGAAAGGGAAGUCCAUGCCCUACGAGUUCGACAUCAGGGUCCCGUUCUACGUUAGGGGCCCCAACGUGGAGGCUGGCUCGCUGAAUCCCCACAUUGUCCUCAACAUUGACCUGGCCCCCACCAUCCUGGACAUCGCAGGACUGGACAUCCCCUCGGAUAUGGACGGGAAAUCCAUCCUCAAGCUGCUGGACACAGAGCGGCCGGCAAAUCGGUUUCACUUGAAAAAGAAGAUGAGGGUCUGGCGGGACUCCUUCCUGGUGGAGAGAGGCAAACUGCUCCACAAGAGGGACAGUGACAAGGUGGAUGCCCCGGAGGAGAACUUUCUGCCCAAGUACCAGCGCGUGAAAGACCUGUGUCAGCGGGCCGAGUACCAGACCGCAUGUGAGCAGCUGGGGCAGAAGUGGCAGUGCGUGGAGGACGCCUCGGGGAAGCUGAAGCUGCACAAGUGCAAGGGCCCCGCGCGGCCCGGGGGCAGGGCCCUCUCCAACCUGGUGCCCAAGUACUACGCACAGGGCGGCGAGGCCUGCGUCUGCGACAGCGGGGAUGAGCAGCUGAGCCUGUCCGGACGCCGGAAGAAGCUCUUCAAGAAGAAGUACAAGGCCAGCUACGUCCGGAAUCGCUCCAUCCGCUCAGUGGCCGUCGAGGGGCACCACGUCGGCCUGGACGACUGGUCCCAGCCCCGCAACCUCACCAAGCGGCACUGGCCAGGCGCCCCUGAGGACCAAGACGACAGGGACGGCGGGGACUUCAGUGGCACCGGGGGCCUUCUGGACUACUCAGCCCCCAACCCCAUUAAAGUCACACAUCGGUGCUACAUCCUGGAGAACGACACGGUCCAGUGCGACCUGGACCUGUACAAGUCCCUGCAGGCCUGGAAGGACCACAAGCUGCACAUUGACCACGAGAUCGAGACCCUGCAGAACAAAAUUAAGAACCUGAGGGAAGUCCGAGGUCACCUGAAGAAAAAGCGGCCAGAAGAAUGUGACUGUCACAAAAUCAGUUACCACGCCCAGCACAAAGGCCGCCUCAAGCACAAAGGCUCCAGCCUGCAUCCGUUCAGGAAGGGCUUGCAGGAGAAGGACAAGGUGUGGCUGUUGCGGGAGCAGAAGCGCAAGAAGAAACUCCGCAAGCUGCUCAGGCGCCUGCGGAACAACGACACGUGCAGCAUGCCCGGCCUCACGUGCUUCACCCACGACAACCAGCACUGGCAGACGGCGCCCCUCUGGACGCUGGGGCCCUUCUGCGCCUGCACCAGCGCCAACAACAACACGUACUGGUGCAUGAGGACCAUCAAUGAGACCCACAACUUCCUCUUCUGUGAAUUUGCAACCGGCUUCCUGGAGUACUUUGAUCUCAACACAGACCCCUACCAGUUGAUGAAUGCAGUGAACACCCUGGACAGGGACGUCCUCAAUCAGCUACACGUGCAGCUCAUGGAGCUGAGGAGCUGCAAGGGUUACAAGCAGUGUAACCCCCGGACCCGGAACAUGGACCUGGGACUGAAAGAUGGAGGAAGCUAUGAGCAAUACAGGCAGUUUCAGCGUCGAAAGUGGCCAGAAAUGAAGAGACCUUCUUCCAAAUCACUGGGACAACUGUGGGAAGGCUGGGAAGGUUAAGAAGCACGAGCUGGACCUCCAAAAACAGAGGCAUCACCUGCACAAUGAAAAACUCUGAUUUCCAGCAGACCUAUGAUGUUAGCCAAGAAGCCUGAGACACACAGAAUUCGCUUUCAGUCAACAUGGCAGAUUCUGGAAGAGAACCAUCAGGAGUAGUGAGACUUCUGGAAGUCCAUUUUUGCCCUGCUUUUGCUUUGGAUUAUACCUCACCAGCUGCACAAAAUGCAUUUUCAUAUCAAAAAGUCACCACUAACCCUCUCUGAGAGGCUCACAAGGGAAGAACAGCAGAGAGAUCUUCUUGGAAAUUUUCCCCAAGGGUGAAAGUCACUGGAAUUUUUUUAAAUCACAGGGUAAGAAUCACCCUGUUUUGGGAAGAACCACCCUGUUUUAAAUCCUCUUAUUCUUUUGGUCCUUCACAAAGAAGGAACUAGGAAGCAGGACAGAGGCAGGAAAUGCUGACCGAGUUUCACAAUGAGUCAACAGCACAGAAGUCAUAAAUUUAUACUUCACACGAUAACCCUGGUUGCCUCUGAAGAAACUGACUUCACUGUAUAUAUGUGACGAUUUACAUGUAACCAGCUCGGGAACUUUUAGGGGAGUUUGACUAAUAAGAAAACCCAAUUUUCAAGAGUGGUGGUGUCAAUAAACGCUGUGGCCCAUGUAAAAGAAAACCCCGUGCAGUUGUAGACUUUCCUCUUCCUGACCAGAUGCCAUUUCUCCCAGGAUUCCUUUGUUAUCUGUCCCAGAACUGAUGUUUUUUAAAGUCCUGCAAAGACAUGAAGUUGAUGUAUGUCCCAAGUUUUAAUAAAAUUGUAUUUGUAAAGAAAUUUUGUAGUCUAAGUAUUGUCAAACAAUGUUGAAAACCCCAGCCAGUGACCAGCAGUUGGUAUGAGAGAACCUUUGACAUUUUCUAAAAGGCCAUUCUUAGGA